GUACGUCUCCCCCCGAUGGCGAUGCGGCGGCCGCCGUCCUUCUUCGGCGGCCUCCGGGCGCGGGAGCUCAGCGGCGGCAGGGCCCCCGCGCGCGCCUCCGCGGCGCGGCUCCCCUACCUCUCCGACCUCUCCUCCGACCCCGGCGGCCGCGGCUGCGGCGUCAUCUCCGUCGAGCACUCCGGCGUCGUCGCCAUCCCCUUCGCCGUCUCCUUCUGCAAGGCCCCGCAGAUCUCUCGCCUUCUGGCGGUCGCCGACGAGGACGGCUAUGUCGCCCUUUACGACACCCGCCGCCGCCUCCCGUCCAGAUCCUCGUCCACCGAGAAGUCAGCUGAAACGAGGCUGUCCGAUUGGGUUGCCCACAACAAUGCCAUCUUUGACGUGUGCUGGAUCAAGGAGGGAUCCCAAUUACUGACAGCAUCAGGCGACCAGACUGUAAAGAUAUGGAGCGUGGAGAAUAAGAAAUGCCUUGGCGUUCUGUCAGGGCACACUGGAAGUGUCAAGUCACUGUCAUGCCAUUCUUCAAAUCCUGAUCUGAUUGUUUCCGGUUCUAGAGAUGGUUCUUUUGCACUUUGGGAUCUAAGAUGUGACCCCAAAACCCCAAAUGGUCAUGGUGAAGCAUGCCUCAUAUCUUCUGCUGUUGUCAAAGAAGCACACAGUCCCACCCGAAGGAAUCGGACAAGGUCUCGAGCAAAGGGAGCUUCGACGAGCAUCACAUCAGUUCUUUAUCUGAAAGAUGAUAUCUCCAUUGCUACUUCUGGUGCCGCAGACAACAUUGUGAAAUUCUGGGAUACACGGAACCUUAAAGCGCCUGUCUCCAACAAAACCUCUCAAUCAACAGCACAACCUUCUAAGGAGGGGGUGACACAUGGGAUCUCGUCCUUGUCUCAAGACUCAUAUGGUGCUUAUAUUGCCGCGUCAUGCAUGGAUCACAGGAUCUAUCUGUAUAGUACUCUCCACAUGGACAAGGGUCCAAUAAAGACUUACACGGGAAGCAAAAUUGAGUCUUUCUUUGUCAAGUCUGCUAUUAGUCCUGAUGGGACUCAUAUUUUAGGUGGUUCAAGCGAUGGCAAUGUUUACUUGUGGCAGGUGGAUCAACCUGAAAGUGGCCCUAUAGUUCUGAAAGGCCAUGGGGGUGAAGUCACUUCAGUUGACUGGUGUGCUUUGGAGGUUGGAAAGGUAGCAUCAUCAUCUGAUGAUGCCACGGUUCGUGUAUGGAACACCAAGAAAAUAGACUGCACCAACAUAAGCUCCCCGACAGUCAUCCGUAAGAGGGUAACUGCGCCAAUCAUUGACUGCCCAAGAUCGGCUAGCCAUGAGCGAACGACUGCUUCAAGAGAUGUAGCAGCCUGCACCAGUGCUGGCAGUGAAUUGCCAGGUUCACACUCCCCUCUCCGGCCCAGAGUACUGGAGUUUGGCACGCCUGAGUCUGUGAAAAAGAGAGCCUUUUCAUUAUUCCAGGAGGAGGCCCUGGAUACUAGGAACAGCCCAGGAGCUCAAAUGAGCAGCCCCUCCUCGGUCCUGAACCCACCGCCUUCGCUGAAAAGGAAGACUAUCCGGGACUACUUUGGCAGUAGCACAUCUUGAAGUCAAAUCUUUCUGACAAAUAGACAGUAUCAUGGAUUCUUCUGAGCUGCCCUGAGGAGCUUUCUUAACUUAUGGCCAAGCUUGUUCAGAGGGGAUGAGACCUACAACUUUUGGAAAAUCCCUGUCUUGUUGAUGUGGUCAUAUGUUGAUGAUUGGUCUGAUGAAGUGCCGUUGUAUAUGCUAUAUAUUGUUAAAACCAUCUGUCUUUUCACUUUGUAUUAUUUCCUCAUUGAGCUCGUUAGGUUGUGACAUGAGGAAAUCUUGUUAUUAGUCUAACACAGUUCAAGAGAUCUCUGUGAGAUUUCCCUAGUGCAUUGUUAGUAAAUAAAGAUUGAUCUAGCAAAACCUUAUGAUGCUGACAAUUAUUUCUUGGAACAUGAGAGAAAGAAUUUGGAUU